CAGAAAUCACCCUGGGCCUGCCGUAUUCAGAGGCCAUCGACGUUUGGUCCUUAGGCUGCGUGAUGGCCGGGAUGAUGACUGAAGAUAGUCUCUUCGGAUCAGAAUCGGACUCAGACUCGGAAUACUGGAAAGUGAGUAAAUUACUGCAGCUGAAACACAUUAGAAGCCGUCACAGGAUUAGCUUCAGGUCUAACAUGGUGUUACGUUUUGUCUGCAGCUCCGACGCAUGAUCCGUCUGCUGGGUCCGCCACCGCAACAUCUCAUCGAUGCUGGCCGGAGAUCACGAUUUUUUUUUCAGAAAACGUCUAAUGGUUUGUGGCGGCUGAAGGUACAAUGCUCCUACUGUGAUUUUACCUCUGACCUUUACUCACUCAAUAAGAUAAAGACUUUAGUAAGCAUCAUUGUUUUCUUCUUUCAGACACCUGUUGAGUAUUUUGUGGCCCAUGUCAUCUACUCCGACCCCACAGUUUACGAGUUCGGCUCUCUGGAUGAAAUGAAAACGGUGUCCUCUGAGACGGACAACCCAGCAGAGGCCGAUGAGAGGAGGGAGUGCAUCGAGCUGUUGAAGGCGAUGCUUCGGUGGGAUGAGGACGACAGAAUCACCCCCAGUGGUAUCCUCAACCAUCCCUUCAUCACCAAAAGCUACCUCAACAGCAGCUCCCCCACCAGCAGUUGCGAUGAACCGAGACCCUCCACCAGCAAGUUCAUCACGGUUAAGCCUGCAGACCCUGAAAGCAGAAUUAACCUGACAGGCUUGCCUGAUGAGGACAAAGACCUGAAGAGCAGUGAGCAUGAGGACAGUGACAAUGCUGACACUGCUGAAGACACUGACGACAGCGAGGAUAGUAAUGAUGAUGAAGACACCGAGAAAGCAGGUGAGGUGAAGAUAACCGUGUUAAGAGCUUCACAACAAUCUUAA